AUGGCCGAGGAGGUGUACAAGGCGCUGAGCCUCCUCUUCCGCGUCGCCGCGCUCGGUCUGUCGGUGGCGGCCGCCGUCGUGAUGGGCACCGCGAGCCAGCUAGUCAUCGUCGACGGCAGCCCCGAAUCCUCGAGCUACUUCCGCCUCCUACAGCCAGUACAACGCUCUAAGGGCUUCCUCUUCUCGGCCGCCGGCGCGGCCUUCGCGACCCGUGACGUGGUUGGCGGCACCGGCACGGCGGCUGGUUCGUGGGGAAGCAACGCGGGAGGAGGCAGCGUGUGCGACUCCGCUGGCGCGUUCUGCGGCAGGGUGAUCGUCGCGGCGGCCGCCUGUGCGUUCGCGGCCGUCUCCGCCGCCGUCGCGGCACUGGCCAGGGACGCGAGCGACGGCACCUCGGGAGGGCGGCGUUGUGACUGGUGA